CGCAGGAAAACAAUUCCUUUACAUCUCGGACAUCUGUCCAGCUGUCAUGAAAUUGUUAAAAAGCAAAAUUCUUCUAUCGUCAACCAAGCACGCGCCUGUUAUUGGAGAGGCGGUCUCUACAGUUUGGGAAUUUUUCGUUAAAUAUGCUACUCUCACGUACGACUCAUUGCGCUUUGGAGAGAUCGAAGAUUUCCCAGAGACCUCCGAGCCUGUCUGGAUUUUGGGAAAGCAGUUCAGCGCUCUAACAGAGAAGGAUGAGAUUCUGGCAGACGUCACCUCACGUUUGUGGUUCACGUACAGAAAGAACUUCCAGCCAAUUGGUGGCACUGGUCCCACUUCAGACACCGGCUGGGGCUGCAUGCUUCGAUGUGGACAGAUGAUUCUUGGGCAGGCCUUGAUCUGCAGGCACUUAGGUAGAGACUGGAGAUGGAGUCCAGGUCAGCGGCAGAGAGCAGAAUAUAUCAACAUUCUCAAUGCCUUCAUUGACAAGAAGGACAGCUAUUAUUCCAUCCAUCAAAUAGCUCAAAUGGGUGUUGGUGAGGGCAAGUCUAUAGGCCAGUGGUAUGGUCCAAAUACAGUGGCACAGGUACUCAAGAAACUAGCAGUUUUUGACUCCUGGAGCCGACUGGCAGUUCAUGUAGCUAUGGACAAUACUGUGGUCAUAGAGGAAAUCAGAGAUUGCCAGCACAUCUGUGAGCUUGACCCCUCCAUUGCUGCUGGCUUCUUCUGUCAAACAGAGGAUGAUUUUGAUGACUGGUGUGCACAGAUUCGUAAGGUUUCAAACUGUAGAGGUCUUCCUAUGUUUGAAUUGGUAGACAGUCAGCCAUCUCAUUUAAUUACCGCAGAUGUACUUAAUCUCACUCCAGACUUUUCGGAUUCAGACCGGCUCGAACGCUUCUUUGAUUCGGAGGAUGAAGAAUUUGAAAUCCUGUCUUUGUGAAGAACAGUUGCAUUUGCCAGACUUUCAAAAUUCUGUGGUAGAGCCUCCUCAGAGGAAAGAGAAGAAUACCAUUGACGUCCAAAGCCACUGUGGCAUAGUCACCUGCGUCAAACACACAGCUUUCUUCUUAAACGGUUAUGCUGACUGCUCUGUGUCACCCUGAGUGAGCCGAGGUCAGGUGUCAUGGUCACAGGCACUCAGGAUCAUCAGUAUGUACGUACUUAGUUGCAUUUAUGUGCAUCCAUAUUGAGUCUUAACACUACAGAUUAAUUUAAGUGAUAUGGUGCCUUUUUUACCCCCCUUAACUUAAAACACUGGUUUGCCAUAACUCAUUUUAUGGUUUUGGUCAGGAGACAUGCUAAUCAGAUUUGAUUUAGCAUUUACUCUUAACCAAUGAAAGUCGGUGAAAUUAUGGACCUGUAUGAAAUUGUAAAUGACAAUGAAGGUUACCAUUACCACGGUUAGGCAUUUGCAGAUUGGGUAGGAUGGCUUGUGUAAUUAUACAAGAAUGAUUUUG